AUGGAGGAGCUGUUGUUUGAGCUGCAGCAGACAGACCCAGUCAACCCUGUGGUUCUGCACUGUGAUAACCCGCCCUCAUCUACCGCCUUCGCAGCCAGUAACAAGAUGUCUGCUCACCAUCAGGUGAGACAGAAGAGUGUGCUCAUUGCUGCCGGUGGCCAGUGCACUACGUCCAGCAGUAACACAGUAGUGGCAGGACAGGAGAACUUCCCAGAGACAGAGGAGUCCAAGCUGACCAGAGAGAACGAGGAGAGGGCCAAGGCUCACAACAGACUGGAGUCUCGCUACAGUAACAGCUCAGGUGGUUCCUAUGACGACGAGAAGAAUGACCCUCUCCGCGCGUAUGCUGGUUGGCUGAUGAGCGUGUUGGAGACCAAUCGGCCGCAGCCGUUGCCCAUGCCAGUUAACGGAGGUUGCUGGGCGCCGCUGGUGGACUACCUUCCUGAAACCAUCACACCUAGGGGACCACUACACAGUUCCAGGUGAUAGCCUCUGUGCUGCUGCUCACCAGAGAGAUCAGUGACAACAAAACACUCACCAUCAAAUCCAGCUAUCAGCCAGAGUACCAGUACUCAGGUGGUCUUGACUUCCUGCGGGAGUGGCAGGCGUCCCCGGUGGCUGACUCUGGCAUGAGCUCCUCCUCCAACUCUUCUUCUGCCAGUCUUGGCGGCGGCAGCACGGGGGGCAGUGUGGGUAACCUGCCCAUGGUAACCCCCGACGACCUGGAGGACCUAGAGGACACGGCCAGUGAGACGGACAACAAGACCAACAAACUGAUAGAGUUCCUAACUACCAGUGCCUGGAGUACUGUUCUCUCCAUACUCAGAGCGUUUGGCCCGCUGUGGGUCCACGAAGACGUCACUCCUAAGAACCCUAACUGUAAGAGCUCAGACCAGCUGUCCAACUUCCUCCGACACGUCAUCUCUGUCUUCAAGGAGUCCAAGUCAGAUUUCCACCUUGAACAGCAGUUGAGUGAUGUAGCGUUGCAGACCGCUCUGUGCAGCUCGUCUCGUCACUACGCUGGGCGGAGCUUCCAGAUAUUCAGAGCUCUCAAACAGCCAAUCAACGCUCACGCUGUCUCCGACCUGCUCUCACGAUUGGUGGAGGUGGUGGGAGAGCACGGGGACGAGGUGCAGGGCUAUGUGAUGGAGGUGUUGCUGACUUUAGAAUCAGUGGUGGUGAACCUGGCUGAAUGUCUGAAGAACAGUGAUCUGAUGACUGCUCUGACCAGGACCUCCUCCCCAGACUUCUUGACCAAUGAGAAGCUUGAGAAGCAGUUUAACAGGAAGAGCACUGGCCAGCUCAACCUGCCGGGGGUGGGGCUUAGCGGCCUCUCAGCCGAACGCAGCCGACACCAGCGGUCCUAUUCUGUACCCAAAAAGUUUGGUGAGAGCGGCAACCAAUCACACGAUCCGCCUCGCAGCGCUACCCUCGACCGCAUCCAGGCCUGCACCAAUCACGGCCUAGGCCGGCCCGGACGGAGUAUACACGCCUCCUCGGCGUCGACUAAUCGAAUUGAUCCUAGCGUGCUGUCUGAUCCUGCCCACGUGUCCCAUCCUUCGUCCCUAUUGGCUACGGUGUUCUGGGUGGCGGUGUCACUCAUGGAGUCAGAUUUUGAGUUUGAGUAUCAGAUGUCCCUAAGGCUGGUCCACAAGCUGCUGUCUAAG